UUUUUUUCUUUUUUUUAGCUGAGGAAUAUAAUAAUUAGAGGUACAGCACUAAUGUGGGGUCGGUACGAUAGUCAGGCAGAGGUACAGCACUAAUGUGGGGUCGGUACGAUAGUCAGGCAGAGGUACAGCACUAAUGUGGGGUCGGUACGAUAGUCAGGCAGAGGUACAGCACUAAUGUGGGGUCGGUACGAUAGUCAGGCAGAGGUACAGCACUAAUGAGGGGUCGGUACGAUAGUCAGGCAGAGGUACAGCACUAAUGUGGGGUCGGUACGAUAGUCGGGCAACAUGUGUGUUUACGUCACGGUUGGCAGCCCUGGGGAGUCACUCAUUCAAAACGCCUCUACAGCAGCCAAGCGGAAAUAUUUCUUUUGUUUUGUUCAGAAAGAAUGUUAAUAUUGUGUCGUUUAUCUCAUUGAUACAAAUAAGACAAGAUGGAGACGCUGGAGGGAUGUGUGUUGGAGGACUGGGCAAUGGCUCGCACUUCUUCUGGAGUUCCCUACUUUGUUAAUCACAGUCGUGGAGUUACACAGUGGGACCACCCAGAGUUUGUUCGCAUUUUAGAAGAAGUACAGUCAGUCAACUCAGUGAAGUAUGCAGCAUAUCGUACUGCCUGCAAAUUGCGCCGUCUUCAGACAAGGCUCAAGUUUCAUGAAGUUUCCCUCCAGAGUGUAGCUUCAGCUUUUGAUGGCGCUGGUUUGCGAGCAGCAGAGAACAGUGACCUGGUUGAACUGAAGCAAGUGGAGCAAGUUAUUCAUAAGUGUCUGCGUACAACUUACAAAAACCGCCACAUGCACCUCUCUCUUGCUACCCAACUGAUGGUCAACCUCCUGCUUAAUGUCUAUGACUUGGGUCGCAGUGGGAUGGUACAAGUUCUAGGGUGCAAAGUACUCCUUGUAGUUCUAUGUGGAGGUCGACUGCAGGAGAAGUACCGCUAUCUCUUCACACAGAUAGCCGAUCACAACAACUGUUGUACCAGACGGAGAUUAGCUGCCGUGCUUCGUGAUUUGGCUCGUAUUCCAGAGUUACUGUCUGAACAACCAUCAUUUGGCCUGUCUUUAGUGGCAGCUGCUGUUGAAAGUUGUUUCAAAGAGGUGGAAAGUGAAGUGGGAGUGACAGAGGAGGUUCUUCUGGCAUGGCUGCUGAAAGAGCCUCAAACUCUGGUGUGGUGGACUACCUUGUACAGACUCACUGCUGCUGAGUUAGUGUGUCAUGAUGUGAAAUGUGGGGUGUGCAAGCAGCGUCCUGUUAUUGGUCUUAGAUAUCAAUGCUUACGAUGCUUGGGAUACAACCUCUGCCAAGACUGCUUUCUUCAUGCUCGAACUUCUCGUAAUCACAAGUUAUCACACCCUAUACAAGAAUAUUGUCAUGAGACAAAUGGUAAAGAAUGGAGGAGGGCCCUGAUGAAGAUAUUGAAACACCGACUGAGUGGUCGUCAAGGAUGUAACAAGCAGCGGUACUUAACAAUAGCCUCUAACCCUGAAGCUGGCUGUAAUAUGACUAGUUUGUUGUGUGAGGGUGGAGCAAGAGGGUCAUGGAGUGAGAGCAGUGAAGAGGAUGAGGAACUUCUAUCACGCACCAUUUUACAUACUUCCCAGGACAGCAAUUCUUCCUUUUCUGAAGAAGGAAGUGUUAGAGAUAAUGGACAAAGGAACUGUGGCAGUGGCAACACAGCGGAGCCAACUAUUUUACCAACCUCUCCCCGACAUCAGAUACACUCGGUCAUAAUGCACCUUGAAGAGGGACACAGACAACUGGAGGAAGGUGGCUCACAGGGUGUUGAUGUUGUUGAUGUGGAAGAACAUUCUCAGAAGCUGUACAUACAGAUCAACAGACUCAAGGCCAUCUUGCAGAGCUAUAACUCUGGGUCAGAUGCUGGUAGAAGUGGAAGGAAGGCAGGCACUGGUGCACAGGUUGAAGGAAGAGGACUGCCACGUCUUGAGAGCACCCCAAUCGUAGGGGAGCGUGGACUACUCCUCAACCUUUCCCCUAUAGCUACUCAACUCUCAGCUGAUGACACAGCUGUGAUGGAUAACAAAGAGAACCAUAUGGUAGAAAACCCUAAGGAGACUCCAUUGAAAUCUAACCCAAGUAUCCGGUCCAUGAGGAUACCCUUCAUGUCCUAUGAGAAGAACUUAUCUCCAACCUUGCCUGAUGGUCAACCACAGAUGGCACAAGAUAUUGGUGGCCCAAAAGUUGUGCCCCAACCAUCAAGGUUGCCCAGUUUCACAGAGGUCAACUUCAGUGAUUUGACAUCUUUGACUUCUGCUCCAACCUCAUCACAAACUUCUCCAAGAGUUUUGCCCCAGGAAAUGAAUGGAGCAAGCAGCUGUCAAGACGAUGCAGCAGUAGACGUCAGAGAGGAGUUGGAGAACAUCUUGCGCCAGCUUGACCAGAUAUUUCCUCUUGCAGAAUCAGACAAUCACAAGGUGGUGACACCAGACAAUGGUGGUGUUGUAGAAGCAGCGUGUGAACUGGGUGAUGUUUUAGCAGAAUAUGUUGGUGUUGUUCCCAACCAACAAUAGAGACAAAGAUAUGUGAAUAUGUGCUACUGUUUUAUAAAUUAUAUAUGUACUGUAUCUUUUGAUAGAGGUAAUGCUUAGAUUAAGCUCACUACCUCAAUACUAGUGCCACCUUAUUGUGUUCUGAACAUAGUGGGGUAUUGCAAAUGUAGUUAUUUUUACGACUAUAACUGGACCCAUCAGUUCUAACAGAAAAGUGUCUAGAUGACAUGGGUGUUUUUUACUUUAAGAAGAAAUACCACAAGACCAUGAUAGUUUCUCUUGGAAAACUGUUCUUUGCUUCAUUCAUAGAAAUGAGAUCUUACCCAGGAUUUACAUUUUCAUCUUGUGUACUAUUUGUCAUUACCCAUUACACAAGUCAUUUGAACUACGAAGAUUCUGAUGCAUUUUUUUUCCUGUUGAUUUUAACAGAUUAUGAUAAGUUUCACUUUCCAUUACUAUAUUAUAUUGUGUCAGGGGGUACAUAUUAACAAUAGCCAUGUACAGUACUGGAGUCACAUUUACUUAUUCAAGGUUAGUAUUUUAAACAGCCCAUUUGAUAUUUUUAGGUGCUCUCUAAGCAUAAGUUGCCACUUUAUGGGACAUGUUUUCAACUGUGGUGUUAGAGUAAGAGUAACCCUCACAGGUAUGAUAUUCCGAUUACUGUAGUUGUCAACUACAAUUGAAAAAUUAAUUGAUUGGAGUAACCAACAGGUUAGGUAUGUGAAAUUGGUUGACAGUCAGAGAUGGAAUUUUUCGUCCUCCACGUAAACUCUACAUUGGGAGACUUUACAUGCUUCUUAAAUUUUGAAAAAUAUUUAUGGAAACUCAUCAGAAUGUCCGAAUGUUUCUCACAGGUUAAGUUACUAUUCCAUCUAAUGGUGUUUCAUGUGCAUCCAGGUUUUAAAAAGACAUACCGGUAUUCUUUGUUUAGUAAGAGUUCAUAACAAUUGUGAAUUUAACCUAACUGAGCUCUCAGGUAUACUGUAUACAGGAAUGAAGUAAGAAAUUAACUUCAACUAAAUUCUUGUCCAAGAUGAUUUUAUAACAGAAUUGACAUUGAUCAGGUCCUUAAUUCAGCUAACAAAAUUUCGAGGAGCUCUGGAGUUUCACAUGUAGGAAUCAUCCAUUUCCUUGUUUUCUGUGAAUGAAAGUCAAACAUAGAAUAAGAACAGCAACACAUACCAUCUAGUAGAUGAUUAUGAAACCCUGGUUGUUCUACACAGUAAAUAUUGUACAUAUACAGUAUACAGUACAGUAUAUGAGUAGAGAUGCAUUAAGAUAUGAAGGGAACUUGUUACAGGUCUUUGGUUAAUGAGGUGUAUUUCUGUACACAUGACCCAGUUUAGUCACAUGUCAAUACAAUUCCUAAUUAGAGUUUAGUUCAAUUCUGUCUAGGAAUAUAGCAGUAUAAAUGACAACUAGAAUACAGUACCUAAUCCUUUUUAAGAAGCUUCAGGAAAGCAUGCACAUAGUUAAACAAUCUUGUGUUAAUAUAAACAAGUAAAAGUUUCAGGUACUUGUCCUGCUUCUUCCUUUUCUCUCUGUUCAUUCUGUUGGUAGAUAGCCAUGAGUAAGGCUGGGUAAGAUUUGUCUCUGCCUAUAACUGUCACUGUAACUGGUGCCUGCAGUUAAAGUGGUCAUGAAUUUAUCUGACUGUUCAUGAGCCCUUCCCAGGCUCAUAGUAACUUAUCAUGGAUCAUGAAUAAUACAUCAUUUUGUACAGCUAGAGAAAACCAAAGGUUUAAAGGUUUUUAGUUAUGUAAAAUUACAUUCCCAAGUGUAUGAUUGUUGAGGAGCAUUUAGGGCUUAGAGGAGAUAUGGAUUGUAUGGGCCAAAUGUUUGAGUACAAAUGCUCAGAGAUAUGUGAUGACUUGCAUACACUAGUUCUAUAUGUGCAUAAAAAGUAAGGCCAACAGAGAUAGCAUACAUUACCCUAAUUGUGCUAUUGAACAGGAAACCCCCAUACUUGUCGUGUCAUUUCAGUGUUUAUACCCAUUUUUAUUUUAUGAACUGAUGGAGGGUCCCAUAGUAAAUCCUCAUCCAUAAUUUGAAGAAUGUAAUUAAAAAAAAAAUGCAAAUUAUUUAUUCAAGGUCACCUUUUUUAAGGUACCCCAAGGGGUCUUCACUGUUAAUUCUUAUAGCAAAUUUUGAUUUUUAACAUGCAAAAAAAAAAAAAAAAAUUGGAGAUCCAUUUAAUUUUUGUUGUAGUUUUUUGUAUUUAACAUUACUUUCUGGAAAAACAAGAUAUCUUGGUGAAAACUGUCAUUGACUCUUUUGAUGUGCCAUUUAUCAAGGAAUCGAAUACAUUAGGUCCUAUACUUUUACAGUGCUUUCCUCCAGUUACCACAAAUAAUGGGGUGAUAUUAAUCUUGGCUGAGAUAUGCUAAUUACAUUGUAGGCAGUGGUGGGGAAACACAGACAGGGUUAUUUAAAUACUGUACCUAUACCUGUACCUUGCAAACCUCUGUAGGAGUGAGGUAAAAAUUGUGGCAUCAGAAAAGUUUUGUCAUACCAGGUACUGUACAUUUCUAAGUAGUUUUGCCUGGCCAUCCUGGGGUACCUUGCACUCAAUCAUGUUUAAUCAGAAAUGAGUUGAAGAUAUGCAUAUUAUAUAAUAAUAUUCUAAGCUAGAGGCACAGGCAAUUGUUCUCCAUAUAUAAAAUAAUUAAAUUACACAGAAAUACAUUGGUUACCACAGUCCCAUACUUAGUUUUAUGUGUGUUGUAUCAAUUUACAUAAAUACAUAUGAAAACUGCACAUUCAAAAAAGGAGUAAAUAAUGCUCUAAGUAAAGCAAGUGACCUGUGAAGAUGUGAGUGUAAUAACUGGGGCAGACUGUUGCUUUGAGACUCCACACCACCCUCCUAUUUAAAUUGGUGUGCUGUGGCCCACAAUUGGAGUAAUGCAAAUUCCCUAUGAAGUUACCACAUGUAUAUUACUGUAUCUUGUGUAAUUACUGUAUGAUUCUUGACCAUCUUAAGUGUCUUUAUAUUUUAAUUUCUCAUCGUCAGGUUCUGUGAUUUUCUUCCAUACCCGGUAUGUUUCAGCCAAAUUGUGAUCUUGUAUGGAUAGCGUCUAAUUUAAGAUUUUUUGUAACAGUCUUCUUCAUAAAUCUGUAGUGUAGUUCUUUUUUAUAUUACAGUACAGUAUUACCAGUAUGUGUCAAUAUUAUGUUGGUAUUGAGUAAAGAGAGGUGGAGUAGUGUGAUAAGAUGAGGGUGUUGGGGUGUAAGAGUCUGUCAACUGCCAUCUGUUCCUAGGCCAACCAGGACAAUAUAACUUUUACCCCUCAUUUAACUUUCCUUUCCACUCCUGUAAAAUUGGAGUUUAUGAGUCCUAUGAUAUUCAUAAUACAAUUUUUUUUUUUAAAUUAACGAAAUAUGGCAAAUUAAUGCCUGUAAAUCCAUGUACAAAUGUUUACAGAUUUUGUUUUGUGCCUUAAUUAUCCUUAGUGCAGACUGCUGUAAGACUGUUAACAGUGGCCACACAUUUGCCAUCACACAUUAUAUGUUUAACAUGUUAAAUAUAUUUUUAAAUUGAUGGACUGACUACUGCACUUGUGUACUUUUUCUCAUAUAAUCAUUAUAAGGUAGAGAUAUAUUUUAUCAAAACAGUAUACUUUAUAAAAAAUCAGUAUUUUAAACACUGUAUAUAUCAGUAGAAGUAGAACAAUU